GGCAUCGGACAUUAUCAUCGCUGAAGUAACGUUAGUAGAGUGUUCCGAUAAUGGUACACAUGGUACGGGAGGCUGACCUAUAUAUAUAAACGAAGCGGAGUGUUUUAACGCGUAUAAAAAAGGAUAUUCUGAUGCGUAUUUGGUACAAAUAUUAUGCACAAUUAUUCAUCUUAUAUGUAAAAAUAUCGCAAAUCCGCUGCCACCAUGAAAAUGAGGCCUGCAUGUAGUUCCAGACCUAUAUUUGCAGCUGAUUUAAUGACGAAACCUGAUACGAGAAUCAAGGCUGUGUCUUGGAUCAGGACCUUUUGUUGGCCCCAGACGCACUGCCUAAACAGCUGGUGCUCUCCUUUGAAACCUUAACUAACCUUUGUUGUGCUAUUCAAUGCCAUGGAAAAAGAUAAUAAUUCAAAAAACUUAGCCAAGUUGGCCAAGUUGCAAAAACAAAUUAAAAGUGGACAAGAAAAACUGAAAAAUUCUGUGAAGAAAUUGGCUCCUCCAAGGAAAAAAGCAAAGAGAGAAUAUGCCCAUUUUCCAGCUAGGGAUAAUGAGGGCAAGCUAAUUCGUCUUCCUGUCAGAAAGAGAAAACUUAAAGAUGCUGAUCAAAACAAAGAGGAGGCUAAUUUGACUGUAAAUGUGGAACCUUCAGUUCAGCAUGAUGGUUUGUUGUCCACAAUUAAUUCCAAAGUAUUGAAAUCAGUUGAUGAACUGAAAAUCAAGAUUGAACAGUUAAGGAAUUCAACAACAUCUGACAAAAGAACCAUUUGGGAAAAAAGAAAACAGCGAGAAAUGGAAAACUGGGCAAAUUUACGACAGUAUUUGUUUGAAGCAGUGAUUAAAACUAAAUUUGCAAACCCUUUGAAUGAAUGUUCCAAAUGCCAAAAUCAAACUGUAUGCUUAAUAAGGUGCCAACAAUGUGCUGCCACAUUAUGCAAUACAUGUGAUGAGGAUAUGCAUACAGUCAACGCCUUACAUGACAGACAGGUGAAAAUCAGGUAUCAUUGGGCAGAUAUAGCACCACUACAGAGUGCAGAUAUUGAUGAUGAGGGUGAAGUAAUCAUAUCUGUAGCAGUCCCCAUGAAGACAGAGACCAAGAAAUCCACAGCAUUAGCUACUCCUUAA